GAAAGAACAAUGAACGAAUUUUGUCUUGUAUUCUGUCAAAAAACUAUGUAAGGCUUAAAAGGACUAGUAUCCAGAGCCGUAAACACUAAUAAAUAAAAAAAAAAAAAUCUAUACCUAUAGUUUGUGAUGAGUUUGUACGGGCCGCGCGUUUCAAUUUUAACGUAAAGUUAACGCGUCCAUUGUGUAACAUAUUUUAAAAUUGAAGUGAUAUAAUAACAAAACAUGUCGAAAGCCCACCCUCCAGAGUUAAAAAAGUUCAUGGAUAAGAAGUUGUCAAUAAAAUUAAAUGCUGGGCGGGCAGUAACAGGAGUCCUGCGUGGAUUUGAUCCUUUCAUGAAUCUUGUGCUGGAUGAAUCUGUAGAGGAAACCAAAGAUGGACAGCGAAAUAACAUUGGCAUGGUGGUCAUUAGAGGAAACAGCAUCAUUAUGUUAGAGUCACUAGAUAGAAUAUAGGCUAAAAACAUAACUUUAAGACUGCUUUCUUUAAUUAACAUUUAAGUUAACACUAUGUGAGAAAUGUAAGUGAAAUUAUAAUUGAUCUUACACAAUAAAUUUGUAACAAAUGUGUAACUGUUUUUAUUUUGGUGUUUU